AACAAAGUCUGUUAUUUAAACACUUCUCAAAAAUCUUCCCAAAUACAUUUGGAUAACUGAAAUAGGUCUAUAAUUGAACAUAUUGUCUUUACUUCCAGAUUUAAAUAUUGGUGUCACUAUGUUUUCUUUAAAUUGGCGAGGCAUUACUGAGGAUUUGAAACAGAGGUUGAUAAUAUUACAAACUAUUUGUUGUAACUCUAUGUUAUCCACUGGAGUUAGAAACAUAGAGUGAGCAAUGUUGACGACAUGAGGAUCUGAUGUAUCAAGAAUUGAGUAUUGAUCAAUCUGACUUGUUAUUUGCUCACCUAUAUCAACAAAAUAUUUAUUAAAAACACAAAUGCCUUGGUAUUUCUGUUGACAGAAUUGUUAUUGCUGUGAAUCUGUGGAAAGAUAAGUAUCAGAUCAUCGGCAUCAA